AACAUUCCUCCUUCCUCUUUCCUCAUUCCUCAUUCAUCGCACGGCCGAUCCAUCCCCCGCUCCAUCCGCUGAUGGAAACGGCAGCAGCCACGUUUGGAGGCGGAGGCGGACUGGGCUACGCCGACUCUGUCGACUCCUCACCUCGCUCCCGCGCCGGCGACCAGUGGGACGACUCCCCUCUCCCUGCCACGGGCCGCCUACGUCUGAUGUGCAGCUUCGGCGGUCGCAUCUUCCCCCGCCCCACCGACAAAGCCCUAUGCUACCUCGGCGGAGAGACCCGCAUGGUCGUCGUCGACCGCCACUCUUCCCUCGCUGAACUCUCCGCCAAGCUCUCCCGGACCCUUACCGGCGGUCGCUCCUUCACCCUCAAGUACCAGCUCCCUAACGAGGACUUGGACUCUCUCAUCUCCGUCUCCACCGACGAAGACCUCGAGAAUAUGAUCGAGGAGUACGACCGCGUUCUCUCCGCCGUAUCCGUCUGUCCCGGCGGUGGCUCUACCCGCUCCUCCCGCUUGAGGCUGUUCUUAUUUCCUUCUAAGCCGGACACGUCGCCGACGUCCUCGAUCGGUUCUUUGCUUGAUGACUCCAAGUCGGAGACUUGGUUCGUGGAUGCGCUCAAUAGCGCCAUGGCCGGAAUGGGAAUUGACGGGAUCCCUCGCGGCAUGUCCACCGAAUCUGCCUCCGUUAACUGCCUUCUAGGGCUUGAGGACGAUUUUUCCGCUCACUCGCACGGCGGCGGUACUGCAAUCGCCUCCUCAGGGCUCGGAGCGGGCGCUUCCCAGUCGGAACGCCCAGAGCAGCUCGUCCUCCUCCGCCCGGACUCAUCUGGCAAGCUCGCCCGCCAGGGCCAGGACGUCCACUCUGUGCCAGACUCACCGAUGCUCGACACGACUUCCUCGUUUGGAUCCGCCUCCUCCGUUCCGUCGCUUUCCAACCUCCCGCCUAUCCGCGUCCGCACUGAUGACCGCCCUUCCGAUCCGCGGAUCGCCGGGCUCGAUGAGAACUUCACCCACAUGAACUUAUCUUCAGCCCCCACAGCCGGCAGCGGCGAGCAAAGGCUGGAUGACGAUUUCAAGGAGCCCUCGGGCGUUAGCGUUACCCAGCCCCAAGCUCCACCGCCGAUCCCCCUCUCUGGUUCAUCCACAUCCAUCAUGCCCAUCGCCCCCUCCGAACACCCUAGCAGAUCUUUCUCCUCUGACGACGAGAAGCCGGUACUGCAGCCUCCAAAACCAACCCAGAUCGAAGCUUUCACCCCUGACUUGGGUUCUACUAGAUCGAUGUACCCAAAUGCAACCUCUGAUCCAAUUCGAAAACUCCCAGUCCCAUCUGAUCCCAGCUAUCGCAUCCCUGUUUCUGCCACAGAUGCUGCAGGCUACCAACUGCAAUUGCCGGAGCAAUUUCAAGAUCAACAGCACCAUCCCCAGCUUCUUCAGCAACAGCAGCAGCAGCUGCAGCAUCAACAACAACAGCAGCUGCAGCAUCAACAACAACAACAGUAUAUCCCAGUAAAUUCUUAUUACAUCCAACACCCUUCCACCGGUGGUAUGAUCCCUGUCCCUCCUUACUUUCAUGUUGGAACCCAAACGUUCCAGCAACCGCCACAAGCUCACCGCCACAGCCCCCAGGUUCCCAUGUAUGUCUACCCCGUUCGUGCAAAUCCAUCAUACAACUUGGGGGGAGUGCAACCUGAUCUGGGUGGUGCCAUUCCUCAAGUCGCCGUAGAUCAAGGCCACCCAUACACCUUAGGAAUGGGGUAUGUGGUGCAGCAGCACCAUCUUUCCCAGUCCCCGGCGACAAUAGCUAAUUAUGGAUAUCAAUUUGCUGUUACUGAUAAUACUGGCCCUCAGAUGUACUACUCUCAGGCCACUCUAUCAACUGCUCCUCAGGGUCAACCUGUGAACUCAGUGGCUCCAGCUGAUUCAAAGUUAGCCAGAGCAUCAUGAACUUGAUCAGUGAGCUCCAGCCAAAGCUGAAGAAGGAAAAAAAGAGAGGAGAUUUUGCUGGGUGUGUGGUGAAUUAUAGAACAAACUCCUAUGCUUAGAUAGUAUAUUAUUACUUAUGUGUUCUGUUAAUUUAGCUAUAUAAUUUGAUCAGUGUGUUCUUGUUGGGGUUCAAACGCUAUAGGAAUAAGUGCAGGAUUUAGAAUGGGUUGUCGUUCUAAGGUUAUCUAUGUCAUGAGACCAUAUAGAGUACAUAAGGGAGUCUAGAGUUACAAUAAACCAUAUAUAAUCUUUUGUUAUUCUUAUCUAUCAGACAUAGAAAUAGUUGAAUCCUUGUUUUAUGA